AUGUCCAUAUCUCAACAACCUGUCAUCGUGGUAGGUGCCAGUCUCGUUGGGCUUUCAGCAGCUUUGUGCUUAGCCUCGCACAAAGUACCAACCAUCGUUCUCGAGAAACACGGAGGAAUUUCUAAACACCCACGAGCUAUUGGAUUUACAGCCCGGACUAUGGAGAUAUAUCGCUCUCUUGGAAUCGAGAACAAAGACCCAGCACCCGAAGACUUUGUUCUUCAGCGCGCCCACGUCGAAAGCGUAACUGGCAAAUGGGGCAACAACUCAUCCUGGUCUGAUACUGAGACAACCUCCGAAACCAAUAAGCAAAAAAACUUGAAGACACUUCCAAAGCCCGAUGGUCCCAAAAAGGAAUACUCAGUGGAACAAGGCUCGGCAAUCCCGCAGGAUAAACUAGAGCCCAUCCUCGAAGCACUCGCACGCAAGCGAGGCGCCGAUAUCCGCCGGCAACAAAAGGUCAUAUCAAUCGAUCAGAGCACCAAAGGAGUCACCGUUACCGUCCAAGAUGCCCAAGGAGACCAACGCCAAAUAAAAGGCUCCUAUAUAAUCGCCGCCGACGGCAACCGGAGCACGAUCCGCGAAUUGCUCCAAAUCCCACGGCACGGCAGAGGAUUCAUGCAAAACCUGCACAGCGUCCUAUUCCGCGCCCCAAUAGAGAAAUGGACGAAGGGCAUCGUCCAAUUCGAUAUUGAACAGACCGAUCUAAAAGCCUUCCUCGCCUCCUACAGCGAUGGUCGAUGGGCACUAAUGUUCAAAGACGACAUCCAGCGCAACGAGAACGCUCUUCGAAAAGCAAUCUACCAAGCCAUCGGUCGAUCCGACUUUCCCGUUGAAAUCAUCACCACCGGUAGUUGGGAAUUGACAGCCCUUGUCGCCGACACUUUCCGAUGCGGGAGGAUCUUUCUCGCUGGCGACGCUGCGCACACACUUCCGCCGAAUCGGGGUGGCUAUGGUGCGAACACGGGUAUCCACGAUGUGCAUAAUCUUGCCUGGAAGCUUUCCGCCGUUCUAUCUGGCAAAUCAUCGGAGGGGAUAUUGGACACGUAUGAGGCCGAGAGACGGCCUGUCGCGUUGCUACGACAUGAUCAGAUCUUCGUGCGGGCGGAUUAUAAAGUGCAUCUUGAUGCGGCUAUGCCUGCUGGUGAAAAAAUUGACGAUGAUGCUAUGGAGUUUGGUCAGAUUUAUCUUUCUGGUGGCUUUGUUGGGACGGAUGGGGGUUUGCCGAGGGCGAUGAAACCAGAUGAGUGGAAUGGCCAGCCUGGUACCCUUUCUCCUCACAUUUGGGUUGCCAAGGACGGGGAGCGAGUUCCGCUCCUGGAUUUACUGGACCAUGAAGGGUGGACUCUGAUUUCAGAGAGUGGUGCCUGGUCUGGUGUUGUUGCGAGCGUGGCCAAGGAGUCGUCUAUCUCGCUUCGAGCUCUUCGAUUCGGUCACGAUGUAGAGCUUGUCCGGCAACAGGACUUUCAGGAUGCUUUUGGUGUCUCUCACACUGGGGCUGUUUUGAUUCGACCUGACGGUUAUAUUUCUUGGAGGGUACGAGAGUUGCCGUCUAAUCCUGCUGGGAUUCUUGACGAAGUUUUGGCCACUGUUUCGUUCCGAGUAAACGACUCUGUUUAG